AUGAGCGAAACGGCCACCAUUGCCAGCAGCGACAGCGGCGGUCGUCCCGCCCUCGACCUUUCGGAAACGCUGCCCAUCGCACGCAGCCCCAACCUACACCUCAUCGGCUCCUCCUCCUCCCCCGAGACCACGCACGAGUGCCUCCUCCUACGCGACAAGUUCAUCUACACCACCAGCAGCGCUUCCUCCCCCUCCCCCUCCGCCGCGUACCACCUCUCCACGCGCCGCACCCGCAGCGGCCUCCCCUGGACCCUCUCCAUCAGCCGGCUCCUCCCCAGCGAGGUCCGCCUCCUCGCCGCCUCCUCCCCGUCCCCCUCCGUGCACAUCAAGUACGACGACGACCUCACCCUCUACACCGGGGAGAGGAUCGCCGUGCCCUUCUGCCUCGGCCCCACGCCGCUGCUCUGCAUCCGCGGACGCUCCCUCCCCGCCGGCGCCUCCAUCGUCGUCGACGCCGCGCACAAGUUCUGGCGCGUGACCCCGCGACGGCGCCCGCUGACGGCGGCGGAGGAGGAGCGCAUGCGCGCGCUGAUGCACAGGCGCGGGUACCGCGCGGGCGACGACUGGCGCAGGGAGCUGCUGUACGCGGUGGGGAAGGGCGCCGGGGAGUGGACGGACAAGGAGGGCGUGGUGGUGGCGAGGGAGGGCGAGGACGGGCAGUUGGUGGUCGCGGGGAGGAUGGAGGCGGGUGAGCGCGACUUGCUGGUCGCGUGCUGGGCGGCGAGGAACUUUGUGCGGUCCGCGGCAGAGGCGGUGGCGUGA